AUGUGAUGAAACGCUCCUUCCCAGGGUUCAAUGAGCGUUGUAUGCCCCACCCCGUCUCUUCAGCGCUGUCUAUCCAGUGUACUAUUCCGGGAGAAAAGGGGGAAAAUAAUACCUUCAAGAUUGGUUAUUCCUAUCUAAAACCUUCCACCACCAGCCCGGGAGGAAGCGGCCUUCGCGGUGGAAUGUGCAGUUCCAACCUGUGUCCUAUUUGUGAAUGUAAAUGCACAUGUAGUCGCAGCCCACCGCUCGGAUUCAAAGGGAAUAUAAGAGCUGAGGCUGACAGCGGAGCUUUACCUUCAAGAAACGGGACCAUUUCGAAGGAUUUGGACGUCUUCGCCACAUCUGAAAGAAUCGGAGCCCGUCCAAGAAGGAUGGGGGGACUAUCUGUGCGCAAUCCGGAGCAUUGAUGAUGCGAGGGGGGAGACACAUUUCAGCAACAAAAGCGAGGGCAGAGAAGGCCCUUUUGGAUUGAAAAAAAACAGCAAGGAACAGCCAUCAUAAAUAAGAAGGAAAAUCGCUGAAAUUAACUAUUUCCAGGGAUCAGCGUGAAGCCGAGGCUGGAUCCAAGAUCCCCGGGGUGAUUUAGUGCACAUAAAACGAGGCUAAAUAACGACGGAAGCGAUGGAAAUAUCACCCAUGUAGUUAUUUUUAAGUGUAAAUAUAUAUUUUCCUUGUGUCCACUGUUCGUCUCUGCGCGGACAACGACGGGCAUUGGGGAAAAUCAAUAGGAAGUAUACUUAAACACAAAGAAAUGUGGAUUAUAAAACGUGCCAAAAAGACCCAUACCACCGUACGGGCGAGUCGUUCUGACAUGCCGAGCUUGUGUCCCUGUCACGGGCGACAGUGAGACGCAAGACCCGGGCCGCGGGAUGCAAAUUAGCUCCUUAAUGCUAUAUCAAUCUGAAAGCCGAAGAGGUGAAGUCCUCACUUAGACUCGAAAUCACCGGAUUACACUUAGUAUCGGCACGCGGGUUAAGAAAUAAACAUUGCAUGUGAAGGAAAAGGGAAAAGCCGAGGAGAAGCGAACCGAGAGAGACGGCGGCCUUGGUGUCGUCAUCAGCCGUAUCCUGCUGCUGACCAACAUCUCCACACACUCGUUAUGUAGACACAGCCACAAAGUACUCGUUAUGCAUCAACAAUUAAAACACACGGGGACACGUUUUUAACAACAACCAGGGGGGACGACAAUAUCUCAAACCAAACCCCGACCACAGCAGACGUCGUGAAUGACGACGUGAAUGUGGCUGACACUUGUGCCCCAUAACGCGCGGGUCCGACGGGGAAUCUAGAAAGAGUUCGUGUUGAUUUAUCGAUUCACCGACCGCGUCCCCCUCCCCCGGACCCCUGCUCUCUCCUGCGGGAAGAUGGGUUGUUUGGGCAACAGCAAGACCGAAGACCAGAGGAAUGAGGAGAAGGCACAGAGGGAGGCGAACAAGAAGAUAGACAAGCAGCUCCAGAAGGACAAGCAGAUCUACAGAGCCACGCACAGACUACUACUCUUGGGUGCUGGGGAGUCUGGUAAGAGCACCAUUGUCAAACAGAUGAGGAUUCUUCACGUCAACGGCUUCAAUGCAGAGGAAAAAAGACAGAAAAUACACGACAUUAAGAAUAAUAUUAAAGAGGCCAUUGAGACCAUCAUAACGUCUAUGAGCACCCUUCGACCACCGGUGCUGCUCGCCUGUCCACAGAACCAACACCGGCUCGAAUACGUCCUCAAACUCGUCAGCCAGAAAGACUUUGAGUUCCCUUCUGAGUUCUACGACCACGCCAAGUCACUAUGGCAGGACAACGGCGUGCGCGCCUGCUUCGAGCGCUCCAACGAGUAUCAGCUCAUCGACUGUGCGCAGUACUUUCUGGACAAGAUCGACAUUGUGAAACAGAACGACUACACUCCCACUGACCAGGAUCUACUCCGAUGCAGAGUUCUCACCUCCGGGAUCUUUGAGACAAGAUUCCAAGUGGAGAAGGUCAAUUUCCAUAUGUUCGAUGUCGGGGGACAGAGGGAUGAACGUCGGAAAUGGAUCCAGUGCUUUAAUGACGUGACGGCCAUUAUCUUCGUGGUGGCCAGCAGCAGCUACAACAUGGUGAUCAGAGAGGACAACCAGACCAACCGUUUACAGGAGGCCCUCAACCUCUUCAAGAACAUCUGGAACAACAGGUGGCUGCGGACCAUCUCCGUCAUCCUGUUCCUCAACAAGCAGGACCUUCUGGCCGACAAGGUUCUGGCGGGAAAGUCCAAAAUCGAAGAAUACUUUCCCGAGUUUGCACGCUACACCACACCCGACGACGCGGCACCGGAGCAAGGGGAGGACCCGCGGGUCACCAGGGCAAAGUACUUCAUCAGAGACGAGUUCCUGAGGAUCAGCACUGCGAGCGGCGACGGUCGCCACUACUGCUACCCCCACUUCACGUGCGCCGUGGACACGGAGAACAUCCGCCGCGUCUUCAACGACUGCCGGGACAUCAUCCAGCGCAUGCACCUGCGGCAGUACGAGCUCUUGUGAUCGGCCGGCGAGGACGGCGGCCGCGGCGCCGAGGGGUCCGGGCGCCGCCCGACAGAACCCACACAGAUUGUACUCUGA